UUUUUAUUUACCUCAAGCUGCGUCCCGCAAUGGAAGUAAACAGGGACGAAGCAGAGCGUUGCAUUGACAUUGCAAGUGCUGCAUUAACAAAUAAUCAAGCAGAGAAGGCUGUUAGAUUUCUAGAAAAGGCACAGAAACUUUUUCCGACGGAUAAGGCGAGAGCACUGCUGGACUUGAUUGCAAAAAAUGGUUUCACCCCUGGUCAUGACAACCAGUCAGGAACCAGUGAUGGCACUGGGCCAAGGCAGCGAAGACCUGGGGAGGAAGACCAAGGAGAGAAGGCCUCACAGACAGCCAAAUCCUACACCUCAGAUCAACUGGAUGCUGUCAAGAAGUAGGACACAUGGAAUUUA